CGAUGGCUAAAGCAACGUCGAGUCUUGGAAUGAGCUCAUUAAUAAUUCAAUCUGAAAAGCAGGAAACAAAAUGGCGUGAGGCAGCGUAGUACGGUUGUAUCAUAAGCUGUUUCGGGGCUGUUGGCUGACAGUCCGCCUGUCCACCUGGCCGUCCGCUUGUCCACAAGGACACGAGAUGGAUAACUACACAUUCUCUUUCUCCACGCCAAGCUGGCCAAACAAGGUCCGAGCAUUUCUCGCUCAAUUCUCCGAUUUCUUCAGCGCUUUCGCCAAGCAUAUAGCGCCCUCGUAUCACCAUGACCGUUGCGAAAGGUCAGUCCAGAUGCGACUGUAUGCUCUCAACAAGAGGCAGUUUGUUCUGGUGUUCAUCUCGCUCUUUGUGUGCUUCGGUAUCAGCAUCCUCAUCGGUAUAGCUGGGCCACCCAUCACGGACAAUGUCACCAAGGACAGUGCCUCCCUCAUCCCGAGACCCAAUGACACAAAGAGUGGCCCCUUCUAUCUCAAGUCUCCUCCCAUGUCCACCUUCCACCAACAGCUGUGGCUUACAGCCAACAUCGUCACCGACAACAAGGGAGGUGCACGGUUUGAGCAACCUUUUAUUAUGGGCAUCAUCAUCCACGGCAUGAACGGAGAUGACCAGAGCGUGGACCGAGUGACCAAUCCCACCCCUAGAGGCACCCCACACAACCGGUCUAGGCUUCUCCGCUGUAGCCAGAACUGUGACGAGCUGAUCGUGAUGCACCUGGGCUACCUGGACUACGCUUACUAUCUCAUCCAGGUCCGCUUCUUUGGCCUGGAGAACAACAAGUUUAACAUCAAGACUAUUGAGUUCACUUUCAAGAGCUACAACACAUCCUUCACUCAGAUUGAGAUUUGGAUCCGAUUUGUCUUCCUGGUUAUGACAUUCCUCUGCACUUGUAUGUUUGCGCACUCAUUGCGGAAGUUCUCCAUGCGGGACUGGUCAAUAGAACAGAAAUGGAUGUCAAUUCUUCUUCCUCUUCUUCUCUUAUAUGAUGAUCCCAUCUUCCCCCUGACUUUCCUCGUCAACAGCUGGGUGCCGGGGAUGUUUGAUGGUGUCUUCCAGGCCUCCUUCCUGUGUGCCUUGCUGUUGUUCUGGUUGUGUAUCUACCACGGUGUCAGACAGACUGACCGUAGGUUCAUCCGUUUCUACCUGCCUAAGCUGGUGGUAGUGGGUCUGAUGUGGAUCGCGGCGGUGACGCUGGCAUCGUGGCAGGAGUACAACGAACUGCUGGACCCAACCUACUACUACAGACUGGACAAGAGUAACUUCAUGGGCUUUAAGGUGUUUUUCUUCAUCACUGGGGGCAUCUACUUAUUAUAUCUUGUGUAUCUCCUCAUCCGAGCUUACGCUGAACUGCGAUCCAUGCCAUACUUUGACCUUCGUCUCAAGUUCAUGACCGCACUGAUGCUGAUUGUGUUGUCCAUUAGUAUCGCUAUCACUGUGCUGAGGUUCGGCAGCGGCGUGCUGGAAGACAACUUUGUAGCCGAGAUGUCAACACACUAUCAGAACUCAGCAGAGUUCGUGUCUUUCUAUGGCUUGCUGAAUUUCUACAUGUACACCAUGGCCUUUGUGUACUCCCCGUCAAAAAAUGCCAUGUAUGAAACCCACUUUAAGGACAACCCUGCCCUGUCUAUGCUCAAUGACUCUGACGAAGAAGUCCACUACGGAUCGGACCAUGAAGAAACAACAUUGACAAGCCGAGGUGCUGGCAAAUAUGACAGUGAUGAAGAUGCAUUCCGAUGAUAUGUCACAUGACUGUCAUGUGACUGUUGCCGGGGUGCUAUGAGGUCGACUAUGCAGAGAAUUAGUUGUUAGUAAACUAGGAAGAUUUGGAUCUAUUUUUAUAACAGCAAAGCUUACAGCAUUGGAAUUGCUUCAAAUGGUAUCUUUUGCUAUGGACAUUUUGAUUGAUUGGUAAUGUGGUAAAUUUUGUAAAAUAAUAGGGUUAAUUCAUACUGUUUAUUCUGUUGUAGGCCAGACAAAUUUAAGUUCUUGUUUUGGAGAUUUUCUAGACCAGUUUCUCAAGACACUGAUGGAUCAGGAGGAAUGACAAUCAAUAUAAUUAUGUCAUAUAAUGAAAUAGAAUAAAACAGGGAUUUAUCUCGACCUGCUCAGAGACCAAUAUUUGUCUCAAAGUCUGCAGCAUACGUUAGUCAAAAUUUACAAAUUGAAGUUACAAAUUUCACAGUUUAUUAUUUUCUAGUUCUAACUAAAGUGAUAGCUUUUAAAGGAUGACCAGAAUUUCACUGAUAGCAUGACCAGGAAGAUGAAGAGGACUUAGUGGUUAGUUAUACAUUAAUGUGUUGAAUGCAAAGGUAACAUACAAUGUUAAAACACCUCUAAAUUUAGGAAAAUAUGAACUUGCAAUUUUGAACAAAAUUAUGAUUUGUCUCCCAAUUUGUCUGCCAAGUUUACCAGCACUUCAUAUGGAAUCCUAGAUAAAUCCCUGUAAGAAUUAAAUGUCCUAGUAAGAAAAUGACUUGAUAAUACUAAAAAAAGUAUUGAAUUGAAGUUAUUGCAAAAUUAUGAAAGAAGUAGUUUCUGAAACAACAUGUUUACAGUUAUGCAAGUUGUUAUGUGGAAUCUUUUUCUUUUUACUUUAAAUUUAAGUCAGAUUUUUCCGCAAACAAGAACAAAACUAGUCUGGCCAUAGAUAACUGUUAUACAAAUAUUGCCUUUCACAGCUAAGUGGAUGCUGUAUGUAUGUUCUGAACCACUACAAAGUGGGUGUCAGAUUUUGACCAAGGGGACAGAAUUAGGUAAAUCAUGUACAACAUUUUAUUGUGGGAAUGUCUUUGAAGUACAAAACUUUGCUGUGAUUCUAGGUAUCUGAUAGUUUUGGAGAUAGUUUGUUUUCUUUGUAAGGAGUUUGAUUUAUUUGUAAACACUUAGUAUGGGUUGUGUUUACAGGAAUGUUAAUAUUAGGACGAGGGAAGGUGAGAGUGAAACUGCUUCUUACAGUGAAACAAAAAUGAACCAAUUUCCAUGUUUCUGAAAUCAUGUUUGUAAAUAUCAUCUUUUCAUUUUGGCUAGAAGUAUUUAUAAAAUAGAUCUGAUCAUUUAAUUCCUUAUCCCAGUUUGAACGUGUUAAACCCCAUUUCACAUCACAUCACCUUACCCUAGAAAGUACUGAAAGUCAGCCAGUUAUUUACGUAACGGUAAACUGCCAAAUGCAAUGAAAGCCAGUCUGCCCUGCAGUGUGGGUCGAUUCAGCUAGUGCCAGCUACACAGGCCCAUAUCACACGGUAUCUUAUAUAGGGAAUGGGUGUGCAGUAUGGGCCGUAUUCAGCUAGUGCCAGCUAUACAGGCCCAUAUCACACGGUAUCUUAUAUAGGGAAUGGGUGUGCAGUAUGGGCCGUAUUCAGCUAGUGCCAGCUACACAGGCCCAUAUCACACGGUAUCUUAUAUAGGGAAUGGGUGUGCAGUAUGGGCCGUAUUCAGCUAGUGCCAGCUACACAGGCCCAUAUCACGUGGUAUCUUAUAUAGGGAAUGGGUGUGCAGUAUGGGCCGUAUUCAGCUAGUGCCAGCUACACAGGCCCAUAUCACACGGUAUGUUAUAUAGGGGAUGGGUGGGGAGAUUUUCAGGCAGCAGUUGUCGUGUCUGUUUAGACAGGUAAAGCAUGAUACAUGAACAGAUUAUGAAUUGUAUAGAAAAUAUAGCCCAUAAUUUCCAAAAUUUGAAAACACUAAGACCAAUGUGGUAUGGUCUUGUCUGACCUUUGUCAUCAUUUGUCAUCAUGUGUCGUUAAAGAUGAGAUGUUCAAAUAGGAGGGACACUACUGAAGAUUUAUUUCAUUCCUGAAAUAGAUCUGAAGGGUUAUCAAUAUCUUUAAUUAAUGUCAAAUUAAUGUCCAUUUGUUAUUGUUAAGAAGUCAACCAGAAAUCCUGAAACAGGUUGUAAUAUUGUAAGGGUUUUCUCCAGAGUAGUGAUCACGGAUAUUAUAGAAACAUAAUAGAAUUGAAAACUGUAAUUGCCUCACUGGGGAGAAAUAGCCUCCCUGGUUAUCUUGUGCAGGGAAUUCUAGUAGAUCUUACUACAACAUAGAACAUGCUUUCUUUAGAACAUACCUAGAUUAUGGGAGGUAUGGUUCAACAUGUAGCUGUUGUUCCAUGAGCUGAUUCAACACUGUGUGUAGCUGUUUCCACAAGCUGUUGGUUCAACAUGUAGCAGUGUUUCCACAAGCUGUUGGUUCAACAUGUAGCUGUUUCCACAUGCUGUUGGUUCAACAUGUAGCUGUUUCCACAUGCUGUUGGUUCAACAUGUAGCAGUGUUUCCACAUGCUGUUGUUUCAACAUGUAGCUGUUUCCACAAGCUGUUGGUUCAACAUGUAGCAGUGUUUCCACAAGCUCUUGGUACAACAUGUAGCUGUUUCCACAUACGGUUGGUUCAACAUGUAGCAGUGUUUCCACAUGCUGUUGUUUCAACAUGUAGCUGUUUCCACAUGCUGUUGGUUCAACAUGUAGCUGUUUCCACAUGCUGUUGGUUCAGCAUGUAGCAGUGUUUCCACAUGCGGUUGGUUCAACAUGUAGCUGUUUCCACAUGCUGUUGGUUCAGCAUGUAGCAGUGUUUCCACAUUCUGUUGGUUUAACAUGUAGCUGUUUCAACAUGCGGUUGGUUCAACAUGUAGCUGUUUCUACAUGCUGUUGGUUCAACAUGUAGCUGUUUCCACAAGCGGUUGGUUCAACAUGUAGCUGUUUCCACAAGCUGUUGGUUCAACAUGCAGCAGUGUUUCCACAUGCUGUUGGUUCAACAUGUAGCUGUUUCCACAUGCUGUUGGUUCAACAUGUAGCAGUGUUUCCACAUGCGUUUGGUUCAACAUGUAGCUGUUUCCACAAGCGGUUGGUUCAACAUGUAGCUGUUUCCACAUGUAGCUGUUUCCACAUGCGGUUGGUUCAACAUGUCGCUAUGGAUCCACAUGCUGCUGUUGGCUAUACAUGUUGAUAUUUGUUCAUCAGGCAGCUGUGGUUCCACACCUUGCUGUUGAUUGCUUAUGUUACUGUGCCUCUCUGGGAUAUUAACCUCAGCCAUGACAAAUUAGAAUUGCUUCUUUCACAGAGGGGACUAGUAUCUCAGGUAUAUAUGCCAAAAGGGUUCUGUCAGGGUGGCUUUGUGUUCUGUGCAGUGUAUUGUUGUCCCUUUACGUCUUCAUCGCCACUUUUUAUAAUAUUUAUUUAUUUUUAUUUUUCUGUUUAUUUGUGAAUAUUAUGUAUUGAUUACUGACAAUCUUUUCUUUGUAAACUUUAAUAUUAUUAUUUUAUUUGUCCCUUUUUAUCGGUUUGUUGUGUGUGUAGUUACCCAUCACUGCCUUACUAUCUGUGUAGCAGCUCUAAUCCUAGUUCCAUCCCCAAUCCUCUGCCAUGUGGGUGCUCGCUAUGUACAUCCAACCACAUGUGUCCAACAAUUCACGUCAUGCACAACCUAUAGCAUAGCUGCAUGAGCACAAAUAUCUAUUUGCAUUUCUUAUACAUUGUAUUAUUUAGUGUGUUAAUUAAUCAUCAUAUUCAAGUCUGAUUUUUGCGACCAAUUACUGUAUGUAAUCUUCUUUUCUUGUUUAGACACCAAGUGCUAGAACCUGCACUAAUAGACUCAACUACAUUUCUAAUGGUUAAGGAGUAUGGUAGUAGAAAUUAAUAAUUAUUCCCUUUAUCAUGUUACUAUCAUAAGGAGUAGCUUCUGAAAUGACUUGUUUCUACUGCAGCCAAAAACAGUAUUCAAGUUGCAUCAAAUAUCAGAAUGAAAAUGAAACGUUUUCAUAUUUUUCCACCAUUACUAAAGAUAUAUAAGGUUAGUUUCAAACCAUUUUCUAUCAAGCUGGUAGGCCUGUGGAGGGCAUUCCCUCUCAGUCCUCACUCCCUACAUCCGGUCUCAUGCUUCAUCAAUCACCAGUACUUGUCCUGUUGAUCGUCAGUUCCAGGUUGUGUUGGAGAGUUCUGUAUGCAAGUUGAUUUGUCCCAAGUUCAUGUUCAAUCAUUCCAGUUGUGAAUUCUUGCCAGAUCAUCAUUUUAACAUAUUUCCGAAAUCCAAUUCCUCAAAUCCCAUUGUCGGCAUAUUACGCAUUCAUGUUAUUGUCCAGCCAGAUAAAUGGCAAAGAUCAAACCAUGUUUCUGAUUUUAGAAACGUGAAAUCAAGAAAGCUUGAGCACAAAAAUUACUGGGGUAAAAGAAGUGAAAUUAUUUAAAUUUGUAUUUAUGAUCUAAAUACAUCAAUGAUGUAGUCCUCCUCUGCAGUAUCCCUGCCUCCCAGAGACACCAAUUUAAAUUGCUCAUUUGCAUGGUUCCUGUUUCUUAUUCUGGCCAAUCCUAGGUUGUGAUAAUAAUGGCUACCCUAUAUUGCCAUGUAUAAGGCAAGUAUUUUGUACCUAGAAAUGGGGGGUUGAUGGAGAAAUUUUGUAUGAGUUGGGGAUGUGCUUCAUUCCGGAUUGCUUUAUGGAAAGGGUAUAUAAAUCAGCAUCGAUUUUUGAAGGUUUUUACAGGAGGGUCGCUUUAGACAGUGAUAUACAGUACUGAUGAAUAUACCAGCCUGACUUCACAGUGCAAAUUUUAGGUCAAGUUACUUGAUAGGUGAAGAGUUAUUUAGUGCAUUGACAUGGAGAAGGUAUGUCAAACUGUCUCAACAUGCUUUGACAUUUCUUGAUUUGACUAUCAUAAAAGAAUAUCUUCUUACAUACGUAUAUGUCUGCUGAAAGACUCUUGAUGUCUCACAAUUUAUUACAAAACGCUCAUCUUGAAUCAACACAUUGAAUAUACAUCUAUUUUCCGUUUCAUUUUCAAUACACACACAGCGACAUGUUUAGCAAGAAUACAAAGAUUUAACUUGGCCAGGUCCACUUUCACAGAAGUCUCAGUUCUAUGGCUAUUACAAACAUGUAUGUUAAAAGCUAACCUACCUUGGUCCAUUUGGUAAAAUAUCCACUGGACAUUUUCAAAACAGUGUUUUAAGAUGAUAAUCAUAUUCCAUGUUACUUGGGUAGAGGUCAAGAAGCAUUGGCAUGUCUUGUCAAGGACACAGAAUAGUUUCACACCCUUGAGAUUCUGUUUUGGAAAAUAUUCUAACAGGAGUACAAAACCCUGCUCUCACUCCAAAAUUACUGGUUUAGUGUAGGCGCUGUAGAUAGGCUUCAGACAUCUUUAUUAUAAACAAGGUUGAACUGAGAUUGCUCUGUGGAAUAGAACCCUUCGUUGGUUGAAAUCCUAUCUCCAGUUGUGCAAUAUUUGAGGUGAAUAUGGUGGAAUCACUUGACUGUGAUAUAUGAGAGGGAACAUUCCAGAUGGCAUUUGUGUAAGCGUGAAGUUAUAUCCCUAAUGGUAUAUACUGUGAUAAGUGUGUUCAUUUGUGUCAUUCGCUUGGGGGUAACCAUUUUGUUGCAUAAUCUACUUACGAAUUAGAUCUGCUUUGUAAGUUGUGUAUAGAUGAGAGUUAUUGUAAUAUAUUGUUUGUAAAUGACUUGUAAAUAUUCUAAUUUUUCUGUUGAUCAUCUGUUAUCUGUACAAUUAUGCUGUAUGAAACAAAUAAAUUAUUUAAUGUAA